ACACCAUCUCAAGCCAUCACAAGCACUUAGCAAUCGAGUUAUCAAGGGCUCAAGUUAACUCUUCUUUGUGCCGUGGUCUGGUAACAGCUGCGUACGUAGAAAUGGCAGGCAAGGCCUCGGUCGCGCUGUUCCUCGCCAUCAACUUGGUCGUGUUCGCCAUCGCCAACGCCUGCGGUCGGCACUGCCCCACGCCAACCCCGUCCACCCCAUCGACUCCAACCCCGACGCCGGCUUCGUUCGGCAAGUGCCCCCGCAACGCGCUGAAGCUGGGCGUGUGCGCCAACGUGCUGGGCCUGAUCAAGGCCAAGGUGGGAGUGCCACCCACGGAGCCGUGCUGCCCGCUGCUGGAGGGGCUCGUCAACCUGGAGGCCGCCGUGUGCCUCUGCACCGCCAUCAAGGGCAAAAUCCUCGGCAUCAACCUCAACCUGCCCAUCGACCUUAGCCUCAUUCUCAACCACUGCGGCAAGACAGUGCCCACCGGAUUCAUGUGCCUCUAAGCUAGCGGAUGCAUUUAUAUAUAUCUCGCAUUGUUUUGCUUAUCACUCGUUUUGAUGCAGGUUUAUCUGCACGGUUCCUACGUGCUAGCUACUAGCUAAUUGCAUGCAUGCAUCGGCAAAGUACGUACGUAUGUAGCCGGUUUGACCAGCUUUCACCUUUCCGUAGUUCCUGUGUAAGUCCUUGCAUGGACGUGUCCCUGAACUAUUUGUAUUCGGCAAUCGGCUUGUAUGAAUGAAAUUUAUCUUCUUUGCUGUUUCA